AACGUAGCUCAGAAGAAUAAAGUUUUCUUUUGAGGUGGGUGAAUCGGGCAUGGCUUGCUCUCACCAUUUAGCUUGAUUCUUUUAUUCAAAGCAAGACAUGAAAACUUCUUGACUGCUUAACUUCCUUCCUAAGAAAUGAACGAUACUCCAGCAUACAUAUCUUUCAUUUUUCGGAAAAUUAACCAUCAUAUCUGUUCUUCAUAUACUUCACUUCCUGCAGAGAAGAAAACAAAUAUGGGUCAAGCCUUACAGACAUUCGCAUCUGGAAGUCACGAAAAGAAGAUUAAAGAGAUUGGCCCUCUAAUAGAACAAUGCUACGGCGAGUUUAUAGCAAAAACAGAAAUUGAGAAGAUGACUUUAGCUGAAUUCUACCAAGCAGUUUGCCAAACCUUCGAAGAACUCAAUAAGAAACUUGGUAGCACCCAGUUUCGCGUACCAAAAACUGAGACCCUCAGGGAAGCCUAUGAUAAGCACCACCAACUCAAAGGAAAAGCAUUGACGAAAGAGGAGUUUCAGAGGAUUCUUCAAGAUGUUAUUUUCGCCACCGGAUUUACGGGUUUUGGAGCAAAGGACAUAAUCUUCUACAUCUUUGGAGUUCCAGCUACGGCGCUUCUGCUAAAGCAACGGAUUGCGCCAAGAGCAGUUCCCAACGACGUAUUUAUCCCCGCCGUCACCUCUGCCACUGUCUUCGUUCUUGCUAAACUUAACAAGAUUUAAGAUAAUAAAUUGUACAUUUGCUAUUUCCCUCCAUCCAGUUUGUCGAAUAUUGUCAUUCAUGAACAUUUCUCUAAUAUCAUCGUACAUUUUUAUUCUUUA